UUCAGCGAGUUGGGUUCUUAUGAAGGCAAUCUUGUAUAUGUUUGCCAUGUGUCCAAUGUCUUUUGCCAACAUGUCCGGCUUCUCGAGCUUGUCUAACUUUAACCGUGAACAGCUUACAUUGAAGUCAUGGAAGACAAUAUUCUAUCUCCCAAGUGCUUGUUUUCUUUCUCGGACAGAGUGAACACCAUCGCCAGGGCUCGAGACCGUCCGACAUCUCAUUCUAAUGACAGGUUGAAAGAGGAUAAAGUUCCUAACCUGGAGAACUUCCAGAAUAUCUUGCCUCCAGAUGAGCACAUCAGCAUCAAGCGAAAAUCCCUGAUCCGACAGCCAGGUCACCACUUUGACGAUGGACGUGACCACAAUCUUCAUGAUUGGAAGUACCGGAAUUCGUUCAAGACAAUAAUAAUCCCAACGGCCGCGAUUUGCCUGCCCAUGGCUCUCCUGUCCGCGGCUUUGCUCACGAUUGUUUACCUAUACAAGGUCGACAUUCAAGCCAGUUUGUUUGAACCUGCACUCUCACAACAAGGUGCUUCUUCUCAUGUACUGGUCAACUUCUCUGCAACGCGAUUGCUCUUCCUGGCGAGUUUCCUGUCAACUGUGGCACCAUUGCUGGGGUCUUUCAUCAUGUCUGUGUGCUCGCUCUCUGCUUCACGAGAACUUAGCACGGCCUCUUCAGCAGGGGAGUACCUCAAACUGCCAACACCCUACCAGAUGAGCCUGCUUGUGGGCAUUCUGGUCGCCUCUUCGGCGCAAUUGAGAAGCUACCUAUCAUACGGGCUCUUCCGGAAGCAAAGGCCAAGCAUGCCGCCAGUGCUACAUCAUGCCGCUCUUAUGAUUAUCUUGAGUGUCCUGAUGGCCACCUGCGUCUUCAUCGCUGAUACGGUACUCCAUUACACAACAUCAACAGUCGAGCUUGACCAGAUCCAGAUCCCUGCCCUGCCUAUCCAAGAACUCGGGAGAGGCAUCUCUGAAUAUUGCUUGACCUAUAAUCGAACUAGUUCAGGGUUUCCAUGUUCAGUGGAUUGGGGAUUCACUGAUCCAAAUUAUGUCUUUGAGGAGGAAGAAGCCGUCCGACUAGCUCAUAACACAUCACAGCUUUCGCAGAUCCAGAUGGCGGCCGCUGAGGAAGUCUCUGGUGCCGAGAUUUCUUACCUUGUCCCGCAAGACCAGACAGUCACUCCAGACUCCGACUAUCGUGCGACAACAAUCGGCAUAUCGACGACUUGUCAUUUCGUCCCACCAAAAUCUUGUGGCAUGGCCGUGUGGGGACCGGAUGACAUUUACACCAAUUUCAGCUGCACUGAUAUGUUUCAUGGCACUCUAGGAAUCAACCCAAAUACGAGUACAGCCAAUGGGUACCGGGCACCAGACGCCUACCGUUCACUGCUCAUGUACAAACCGGCAUCCAACCUCAUGUACAGCUUUUUCUCUGAUCCGCACUUGGAAAAUGUUUACAACACGGUUGGACUUGGCGAUGAUGGCCAAUUCAACCUCAGUAUCUUACCAAUGCCGGACAACGAGCUGAUCAAUCCGUUCCAUAUAGGAGUGGCUGCUCGCGUCGCCCAGGGCUCUUUCUUUACGUCGAGCGAGAUGUUAACAACAAACGACACAUUCCGUGGCUCGGUCAAUCAAGUCAUCGACUUUGUCAUGAAUUGUGCCGUGUCAUCGUAUGACGUGACCUAUACCUGGGUCAAUGGGGAUCUUAAAGCUAUCUCAACAACUCCGACUAACAACGGAAGCGUCCUGGAGAUAUAUCAUGCCACUCUUCUCUAUACCAGUGUCAGCGGUCAAGCAGAUAGUUUCGACCUCCAAGAUUUUCUUAUGCAAGCACCUCUCUCCGGAAACACGACAGAUUCGUUUCUACGCAAGUUCGGCAGUCUGUAUUCUGGAAAGGUUCUUGCGAAAAUUGGGGCGUAUACAACCGCUCGUACGGUGCUUCAAGAGCAGCAAAGACAAAGUAUGCUUUUGUCGAAGGUACCAGUUCCAGCAUUGGCAAUGCUGGUCACUUGGAGCUUUGCUUACACUGUGCUCGGUCUGGUCAUUGCCGUACGGGCAUAUCGCGCAUCACAGCACAAUGUCAGGGAUAUUGCAGCCAAAUUAAGUCUACUGGGGCUUUCGGAGGCAGCAUUUGGGGAUCACAGUGCAGGGCCCUCUAGUCCAGAAAUUGGUUCCUCGAGUGAAGACCUGGUCCAAAUCUCGAGAAGGGAAACUAGGCGAGUCAUUGUGGAAGGUGCCGAGUUCAAGGUCAUGGUUUGAUCGAUCUUUCCACAUAGAAGACCGAAUUGCCUUCUUCGAUCAAAAAAGCGCCCGAUACUGCAUAUCCUUGUCAAGCUGCUGUGCGAUUGUCUCAAACUAAAUCGACGCUCGAUGAUGCGACUAUCAACUCGAC